GUCAGGAAUGCUGGUGUUUCAGAUUAGCAUUGAAGGGUGUGGAGUGAAUACUGCCUCUGUUGCCACUGCUGGUGCCUAAAGCUCCAUUCACAGCACACAUAAGGAUCGACGAACAACAUUGUAUUUGACAGAGCUUUGGGAGAUGGCUGGUAAGAUAUCCAAAGAAGAGCUGGAGGAGUUGCGGGAGGCUUUUGGGAAAGUUGAUUUGAACGGCAAUGGCUUCAUCUGUGACCAUGAGCUGCAUGACCUUUUCAAAGAAGCCAAUCUGCCACUGCCAGGGUACAAAGUCCGAGAGAUCAUACAGAAACUGAUGGAAGAGGGUGACAAAAACAAGGACAACAUGAUCAGCUUUGAUGAGUUUGUCUCUAUCUUUCAGGAGUUAAAGAGUGGUGACAUUGCAAAGAGCUUUCGGAAGGCCAUUAACAGGAAAGAGGGUAUCUUGGCCAUUGGAGGCACCUCUGAGCUCUCCAGUGCAGGCACACAGCAUUCCUUCUCAGAGGAGGAGAGAUUUGCAUUUGUGAAUUGGAUCAACACAGCUUUGGAACAUGACCCUGACUGUAAACACAAACUGCCCAUGAACCCUAAUACGGAUGCUCUCUUCAAGGCCGUAGGUGAUGGUAUAGUCUUGUGUAAAAUGAUCAAUCUUUCAGUACCUGAUACUAUUGAUGAGAGGACAAUCAACAAAAAAAAGCUAACACCAUUCACAAUACAGGAGAAUCUUAACUUGGCUCUCAAUUCAGCCUCUGCCAUUGGCUGUCACGUGGUCAACAUUGGAGCUUUAGACCUUCGAGAAGGGAAACCUCAUCUGGUUUUAGGGCUUCUGUGGCAGAUCAUCAAGAUUGGUCUGUUUGCUGACAUUGAGCUGAGCAGAAAUGAGGCCCUCGCAGCAUUGUUGAGAGAUGGAGAGACACUUGAGGAUCUGAUGAAACUGUCUCCAGAGGAAUUGUUGCUCCGCUGGGCCAACUUUCAUCUAGAGAAUGCUGGAUGGAGUAAGAUCAACAACUUUAGCCAUGAUAUUAAGGACUCCAGGGCUUACUUUCACUUGCUCAACCAGAUUGCACCUAAAGGUCAGAAGGAUGGUGAAAGUCGUAUUGACAUUGACAUGUCAGGCUUUACCGAGAAAGAUGACCUGAAGAGAGCUGAGUGUAUGCUGCUGCAAGCAGACAAGCUGGGGUGCAGACAGUUUGUCACGUCUACAGACGUCAUGUCAGGCAACCCUAAACUCAACUUGGCCUUUGUGGCCAAUCUCUUCAACAAGUACCCAGCACUGACAAAACCCGAAAAUCAAGACAUAAACUGGGGACUACUGGAGGGAGAGACCAGAGAAGAACGCACUUUCAGAAACUGGAUGAAUUCUUUGGGUGUCAACCCUCAUGUCAAUCAUUUAUAUGGUGACCUCCAAGAUGCUCUAGUUAUCUUGCAACUUUAUGAGAAAAUCAAGGUACCUGUUGACUGGAACAACAAAGUCAACAAGCCUCCAUAUCCUAAACUAGGGGCCAACAUGAAAAAGCUGGAAAACUGUAAUUAUGCUGUGGAACUUGGGAAGACCAAAGCCAAUUUCUCAUUAGUGGGCAUCGGGGGGCAAGAUCUGAAUGAUGGAAACCCAACUCUCACUCUUGCCCUGGUCUGGCAGCUCAUGAGAAGAUAUACUUUAAAUGUACUAGAGAACCUGGGUGAUGGGCAGAAAGUCAACGAUGAUGUUAUCGUCAGCUGGGUUAAUAAGACUUUGUCACAAGCAGGAAAAUCAACUAAAAUAUCAAAUUUUAAGGACAAAGAGAUCAGCUCCAGUCUGGCAGUCUUAGAUCUGAUUGACGCCAUCCAGCCCAGCAGCAUAAAUUAUGACCUAGUGAAGAGAGGAAGUCUGAGUGAUGGAGACAAACUGGACAAUGCAAAAUAUGCUGUUUCCAUGGCCAGGAAGAUUGGCGCUCGUGUGUACGCCCUGCCUGAGGAUCUAGUAGAAGUCAAACCCAAAAUGGUGAUGACUGUGUUUGCUUGUCUAAUGGGCAGAGGUAUGAAAAGGGCUUAAAAUUAUACUCUGUGGACAAUCAAAUACUGAUGUCCUUACCAAAAGCCAUUUUGCUGGUUGAAAGGCUUCUGGUUUAUUAAAUUCUUCACAACCACAAUAAAAAUGGCAAUAGGUGUUAUUUUUUUUUAACUAUUAUUAUUAUUUCUUUUCUCUUCUUUUUUUUUUUUCCUUUUUCGUUUGUAGGGCAAAGUUAAAAUUGGCUAAAAGUUGUGGAAAAUGAUGACUGGUUCUUUUAGAUCAAAAAUGUAAAUAUAAAAAUAUAUAUACAAAGGGCGCAAAUUCAUAUAAAAUUUUAAUGAAUUGUAGAAUGGCAAAACCAUUUGUGUGUUGAAUUCAAUUCAUUACUCUUUUUUCAGUAUUGUUUAUGUAAGCAAUAAAAUAAGUGUGUAUGAUUGA